AUGACAUGUUCAAAACCUCUCCUGUGGACCCAAGCUAUUAUUGACACUACAAAACCUCAACUUUAUGCUUAUAUUAUUGUUUCAUUUAUGCAUUUGAUACUUUGGCUUCAAAUUAGUUUUUCUUCACCUCUUCGACAAAAAAUAUUCCUAUGGAUCUAUUCGUAUCUCUUCACUGAUAUUUUUCUUCUUUUUCGCUUCUUCUUUAGUUAUAUUAUUCCCACAACAUCUACGGAAUGCCAACCAAGCAGGGAAUGGGUUUUAUUUAACUGCUAUUUUGAAGCAACACUGGAUAAUUAUUUCAAUAUAACUGAAAUAUAUAUUCUAUUAGCUUUGAAUAUAUGUCGUUAUGUACAAAUAGCAUACAAUCGAAAUGUAUAUCACGUGCAUAUGAAACUAUUGAUCUUCACUCAAUUUUGUAUCUAUUUAAUACCAUUAGUUGUCUUAAUCGGUGAAUUUCUUGUUGGUUGGACUCAGAUAAAAUAUCUUAUUAGAGGUAGUUGUGAAGUAUUUUAUACGAAUAUAUAUGUUCAAAUAUUCAAUACAAUUUUCGCGUAUGCAUUACCAAUGUUCUUGAACAUGCUGAUGAUUUAUGCUAGUAUUCAUCAUGUUCACUUAAUAUCAGUUUUACAAGGGACACAACAUCAUGUUUCAGCUUGUGAAAAAUAUCAUCGUUCGUUAGUCAUUCAAUUUCUUUGUUUUUAUUUUAUUUGGGGUGUACUUUGGUCACCAUAUGUUAUUCUUUUUCAACUGUCACUUCGUCAACAGAAUGUGAUGAAUGUCGCUAUGCUACUUAGUUUUAUGGAAAUAGCAUGUGAUUCAAUAAUUGUUGCAGCAUUAGAUGUUCGUUUUUGGCAUCAAUGGCGAAAACUCGGGGUUCAUGUAAAAAAUACUAUAUUCGUCGUUCGAUGCAAUCGUCAACGAAUUCACCCUUCAACAGUCAAUCUUAAUUGA